AGGGGCACGUGGUAAUGCAUGCCUCACCCCCUCAGCCGCCUUCUUUAGCUUUUGGUUUACAGAAUUGAAGCGAAAAUUCGAAGUGAAAAGACUCGCAUCUUCUCUUAUAAACUUUCCUUUCCCUUCCUUUCCUUCCCUUUCCUUUCUCUAUUGCUUCUGGUUUGACAUUUAAAUGAUCCCAAAACUGUUCUAAAUGAUUCGUAUACUCAUGCAAGGGUUGCCCUUAAUGACCCAGAAAAAGCUAGCCUUUUGCAGUCUUGUAUUCGAUUGUUCUACUUGUCAACCCACCUUCAAGUUUUGUUCUUUUGCGUCAUGGGCAAUAAAAAAUGAGGGCAUCAAUGUUAUUGCAGAGAUUUCAGCUGAGCUGCAGAGGGAAAGAAAGAAGAAUGCAGAGCUUCUGGAGAGGAUAGCCGCACUGGAAGCUCAAAUGCACGAGAGGGAGAAGAAUUCUCUUCUCACAAAUGGACAUUGCGGUUGUCCAAAUUCAACAGCCAGAAGCUUUAAAAGGUUCAAGAGACAGAGGAUAGAACCAACUGGUUAUAAAAUUCCAGAUGUAGGUAGCAAUGGGAAUAUUGAGAUGGGCUUGCAGAUGAAGCAUGACAUUGAUGAGACUCGAUGCUUACUUCCUGAAGAUGCUAGUUUUGAAGGCCACCAGCUGGUCAACUGGAUGAGCAUGGAUGAGACCCAGAUUUUGAAUUUUGAAAAACUUAAAGAUGGUGAAGCUGCUGCUGAUUUUGAUGAUACUGAUGACACCAAUGAUAAGGAUGAUGAAUACUGUGAAGAGGAUGAUAUUGACAUUGAUCAUGGAGACAAGGAAAAUGACAAGAACUUAAAAGCUUCUUAUGAACUGAAAAAGCAUCAUGAGGGUGCUAGGAUGCAAAUAAAUAUGCCAUACAUGGGAAUGCCCUCUGCUAAUCUAAGUGAAGCCCCAUUUUCAAAUGUGAACAAUGAAACAAAGCAUGACUCAAAUAAAGAUUUGUUACCCCCAGUUGCAAGAUCCAUCCAUGAAAAGAAGGAACUUAAGAGACAUGACAAGAGAGAAACAAAAAUUAUAGGAGGAUGCAGGACAUCAUCAGAGAUCCUUGCUUCUGGACCAGGGGCUUCUCAUAAAGGGUCUGGAGGCUUAUCAAUGCGUAGGAAGCCUCCAAAGGUGGCAUUCUGUCCAAAAGAAGUUAAGAGAAUAAUUGACUCAGAAGCCCUUUUAUUAAAAAAAGCCCAGUCCCAUACCAUAAGGAAAAUCAUUGUUUUUGCAUCUCUUGGCAUAAGGCAUGGUUGUGAAGAUUUGUACGAAUUAGACUUCAAUCACUUCAGUAUUUUGAGGAAGGGAGAGCCCUAUGUGUCUCCAGAGAAUCCUGGGGAGCAUGUUUUGUAUGAGAAUCACGGUGUUAGAAGGAAGAUAUUCUGUACAAAUCGGCAGAACCCAACAUUGUGUCCUGUUCAAAUACUUGAGGAGGAGAAGGCUAUGCGCCCAUCAGAUGCUAGCUGUCCAUCAUGUUUAUUUCUGUGCAUUAAGUAUGGUGGAAGGACAAGAAAUCUUCCCCAAAAUGAAUACGUCAGACAACGCAUGGGAAGUAACAAGCUGAAGUCCUUUGGGCCAUUUAUGUGUCGAAUGGCAAUGCUAGUCCAUAUUCGUAGUGGAAGCUUUUUCUUUAAAGCCCUGGGCAUUACACUUCUCUUCAUGGCUGGUUUUCCGGAUGACCUGGUUCAAAGAGAAACCAAGUCCAGGAACUUGGAUCUGCUACAAAAAUACUAUAGGACAGAUGAAGAUGCUGAACGGGAGGAGUUAUUUCUUCCACAUCCAAUGCCUUGUGAUACUGUUCAUCCAAAUUCUCAGCAAUUAACCGAAAAGCCAAUAUCGACAAAAUCUAAGGUCAAGAAAUAGCCGAACUCCAUAUGUAAGUCCUGUAGUUUUCACAAAUCUUCCAUUUUUGAGCCUGCUCCUUCGGGCUCUACAAUUCCCACACAAUUUGGGCUAUUGGGAUAUACCUCCGUUCAUACUCAUGCAAUGGCUGCUUUCCGGUCCAUGCCAUCCCAGAUUCCAGCGGAUAACAACACAAUCUCAAGGCCUGUGAUCACCAGUUCCAAUCCUAAUUUGACCUACCAUAAUCCUACCCCAUAUCCUCCUAUGUUCUCACCACAUCCAGCAAAUACUUUCAUGCCUAUGGUCUAUUGGCCUCCCCCUAAUGCAUUACCUCCUUGUCACUACCCAUCUUCAUAUGGUUAUCAAUCUUUCCCUUCAGCUGGUAAUUAUAUGUCCUUACAUCCACAGCCUUUUUACAGCAACCCUUCCUGCAAUCCUUUCAUCCCAAAGAUAGCACAAGGCUCACGGAAAAUUGAUGCAGCCUUGGAAGAAGCAGAAAGUGACUCCGAUAGCAAUUCAAGCAGUAUGGAGCCUAAAAAUUCUUUUGGAAAACUGUAAGUAAUGAAAACAAGUGGCAUGUGGUCAUAGGCAAUAAUCAUUGCUUGAAAAUGAUCAUAGUGCAACAGCCAUGCAAUUCUGUUUUUUGGGACAUCUGUUAUCUUGGGGUUAACAUGCAGUUCUGCGUUUUAUGCAACUUGCUCAACAUAUAUUCACAGAAAGGGAAUGGUUCUGUAAGGCUUAUUUACACAAAAAUAUUCAUCUUCUGAAA